UUGAGUUUUUUUUUUUUUUCACGAAAAAGACUGAACUGGGGCUGAAACUGAAACAGGGCAACACUCGUAAAAAAGGAGCAAGUAGUCCCUCUCGCUCUCGCUCUCCUUCAUUCUCACAGUUUCCUGUUUAAGGAGGCCAUUUUGUAACUCAGCCUGGAGGAGAAGAGGCACAACACAAAGUUUGUGUCAUUGUUUUUUUUGUUUUUUCCCCCCCCCGUCUCUCCUCCACCGGCUGGUGAGUUUUUUUGGGACUUUCUCCCCUCUUUACACCAACUGCUCUCUAGGCGAGAGGGACGAAGGAAGGAGGACGAGUGUAUGAGUGUGUCUCUCUCUCACACACACACACACACACACACACACACUGCUCAUGCCUUGUCACACCGGGACAAUAACAGGAGUGUGAAGAGCGCGAAUGAAGUGGCAGAAAGGAGGAAAAAGAAAGAAAACACACAACUUCCUGGAGAAGGACUCCCAUAUCUAACGGUCGGGGGGGUGCAGUGGACACCGUCCCAGGACUCUGCUCAGCGUGUGUGUGUGUGUGUCCAUGUGUCAGUGUGUGUGAGCCCCUCUCUCCUCCACUGAGACACGUUGAAUGAAUGUUUCUUUAAGAACUUUAAGAGCCUCGGACAGCCGCCGUACCGGACUCUGAAUGGCUAACGCUAGCCCCUGUAUGUCCUCCGGGGCCAUGGCCCAGGUGUUCUUCCCCCCCGGGGGCUCCUCUCCACCGGGCUCGGCUGUGAUGCAGCAGGGGACCCCCAUAUCCGUGCCCUCUGUGCCCGCUCCGGGUGGGUUCCCUCUGAUGGAGCUGAUCCCGGUCCAGGGUCCCGGUGGGGUGGCUGUGAUACCCGCGCAGCAGCCUCCCCCGCCGGGGGUGUCCUUCAUCAUCCAGAUCGGCCUGACCAGAGAGUCCGUCCAGAUGCCCCAGAGCGCUGACCUGGCCUACGUGAAGCAAAUCGCCUGCUCCAUUGUGGACACCAAGUUCCCAGAGUGCGGCUUCUACGGUAUUUAUGACAAGAUUCUGCUGUUCAAGCACGACACCACCACCAACAACAUCCUGCAGCUGGUCAACGGCGCCGGCGACAUCGAGGAGGGAGAUCUGGUGGAGGUGGUGCUCUCUGCGGCGGCCACGUUUGAAGAUUUCAAGAUCCGGCCCCACGCCCUCAACGUGCACUCGUACCGGGCGCCGGCCUUCUGCGACCACUGCGGCGAGAUGCUGUUCGGGCUGGUCCGGCAAGGACUCAAGUGUGACGGAUGUGGACUGAACUACCACAAGCGCUGCGCGUUCAGCAUCCCGAACAACUGCAGCGGCGCCCGUAAGCGCCGCCUGUCCACGACGUCGCUGAGCAGCAGCCAGUCGCUGCGCCUCUCCACCACGGACUCUGUGUACAGCUUGGGGACGACCUCCACCUGCUCCGAGGAGGCCAGCCUCGUGCGCUCACACGCACAGAUGCCACGGACCGCCAGCGACCCGCGGCGCUUCUACACGGGCCGGCCGGUCCAUCUGGACAAGAUCCUGAUGAGCAAGGUGAAGGUGCCGCACACGUUCGCCGUGCACUCGUACACGCGGCCCACGGUGUGUCAGUACUGCAAGCGGCUUCUCCGAGGUCUGUUCCGCCAAGGCCUCCAGUGCAAAGACUGCAAGUUCAACUGCCAUAAACGCUGCGUGUACAAGAUUCCUAACGACUGCCUCGGGGAGACCAUUGGAGAAAACAGAAGCAGCUGCGACCUGCUGAGUCCCUGUGCCGACCCGGAGGUGCCCAUGGACUACAGCAGCGAGUACGACGCCUCGGACAAGUCCUCCAUCGACGACUCCGAGGAGUCGUGCAGCAUCCCCGGCUCCUUCUCGCCCGACAGCCACCAGGACGGAGCCAGCGGAGACCAGAGUGUCUACAUCCCGUUGAUGAGGGUGGUGCAGUCGGUGAGACAGACGACCCGUCGGUCCAGCACGGCCAUCAAGGAGGGCUGGGUGGUCCACUACAACAAUAAGGACACUCUGAGAAAGAGGCACUACUGGCGCCUGGACUGUAAGUGCAUCAUCCUUUUUCAGAACAACACCACCAACAAAUACUACAAGGAGAUCCCUCUGUCCGAGAUCCUGGAAGUGCGUCCCGCCGGCAACUUCUCUCUGAUCCCGGCGGGAACGAACCCUCACUGCUUCGAGCUGAUCACGGGCACCAUGUGCUACUUCGUCGGGGAGGACCCCAACACGCUGCCCCCCAGCCAGCCCCAGCCCCUCCUGCAGAACCCUCCCUCCCCCAGCCAAGUGGCGCCCAACAGCGGCAUCGGGUGCGAGGUGGCCAAGGCGUGGGAGAGCGCCAUCCGCCAGGCCCUCAUGCCCGUCAUCUUUCAGGACGCACCGCCAGCCGCCGGCAACACGACGCACAGACAAGCUUCUAUCAGCAUAUCUGUGUCCAACAGUCAGAUCCAGGAAAAUGUGGAUAUUGGUACAGUGUACCAGAUUUUUGCUGAUGAAGUGCUUGGAUCAGGGCAAUUUGGAGUCGUGUAUGGAGGAAAGCAAAGGAAGUCGGGCAGAGACGUCGCCGUCAAAGUCAUCGACAAGCUUCGCUUUCCCACCAAGCAGGAAAGCCAGCUGAGGAAUGAGGUGGCCAUACUGCAGAGCGUACGUCACCUGGGCAUCGUGAACCUGGAGUGCAUGUUUGAGACUCCGGAGAAGGUGUUCGUGGUGAUGGAGAAGCUGCACGGCGACAUGCUGGAGAUGAUCCUCUCCAGUGAGAAGGGCCGGCUCCCCGAGCGCCUCACCAAGUUCCUCAUCACGCAGAUUCUUGCAGCUCUGCGACAUCUCCACUUUAAGAACAUCGUUCACUGUGAUCUGAAACCAGAGAACGUGCUGCUGGCCUCCGCUGAUCCCUUCCCCCAGGUGAAGCUGUGCGACUUCGGUUUCGCUCGCAUCAUCGGCGAGAAGUCCUUCCGGCGCUCGGUGGUGGGCACGCCGGCGUACCUGGCCCCGGAGGUGCUGCUGAACCAGGGCUACAACCGCUCGCUGGACAUGUGGUCGGUGGGCGUCAUCAUGUACGUGAGCCUGAGCGGGACGUUCCCCUUCAACGAGGACGAGGAGAUCAACGACCAGAUCCACAACGCCGCCUUCAUGUACCCCCCCAACCCCUGGAAGCAGAUCUCCAACGACGCGACCGACUUGAUCAACAACCUGCUGCAAGUGAAGAUGAGGAAACGCUACAGCGUGGACAAGAGUCUCAGCCACGUGUACCUCCAGGACUACCAGGCGUGGUUGGACCUGCGGGAACUGGAGACCAAGCUGGGCGGCCGGUACAUCACCCACGAGAGCGACGACAGCCGCUGGCAGACGUUCGCCCGCGAACACACGCUGCCUUACCCGGCGUACCUGGUGCCGCCGCCGCCGGCCCCCGGCUCCAACGACGAAGAGGAGGAGGAGGAGGAGGAGGGCGGGGAGGACGCCGACAUGCAAGGCCUCACCGAGAGGGUCAGCAUCCUCUGACGAGGGACGAAGGAGGGACGAAGGGGCCGACCUCGAGCCCCAGAGACGCUGUAAGAGUCGUGGCUGUUCAGACUUUCACAGCACGACAUCCUUUUGUUGGAAAACAAUCGUACAACAAGAAGUCCUUUACGUCUCUCCUCAGGCGAGAUGAUCCUCCUUUUUUUGUGUGUGUCUUUCAUCUUUUGGACAACGUUGGAAUGCUCGACUUUUUUUCUUUCUUUUUUUCUUCACAUCCUCCGUGCUGCCAGACCAGUCUGACAUUAGAGUAAACUUUGAAAAAUCUUUAAUUCUCGCACAAAUACAACGCAGCGUGUUCUUUUCCUCCGAUUAACGAAGCGCGAAAUGCCGCUUCGUCGCAGGCGGUAACGCGGUCGUGUCGGCGCGCGUCUUUUCUGUAUUGACGUGUUUUUUUUGUUUUGACACAAAUAAUGGUGAAUAUAAAAAAAUGAAAUUGCUUUUCAUUAAAAAAUAAAGUACCAUUCGGGUUUUUCGGCGUCAUUUAAUUGGGACUGACGGGGGAAUCUCGGUCGCCCCCCGGUGACGAAAGGCUUCCUUUGUGCCGGUAAUUACUGAUGUGCAGAAAUGUCAAACUCAUCUACAUUCACAAACAACCCCCCCCCCUCUCUCCCCAUAAUUGAACAUCCUGGAGUGAAAACUGGAGGUAUUGAUCCGUAGUUACCACAAUAAUCGGCUCUUUAGAGAGAAAAGAAAUCACGUGAUCGAACUUCCAUCAUUGUGUUUUUUUUAUUUUUAUGAACUUAUUUGAGCUCUCCAUUACCCGAGUUGCCCACUCUCAUCAAACCGUCCUGUAUUUAAUUAUUAAAUAUGUCUUCAGUUGCGUGUAAAUAAAUAUACAAAUACUGCCGCUGAAGGAAGAAUUUUUUUACACCUGAGCAGGUAAAUGGAUGUUUUUUUGUUUUUUUAAACCACACCUCUACUUGUUUACCGUUAAGUCUGACUUCCUGUCAAACAAUAUGUCGCAUGUCUCUGUUUAAUGUUGUAGAAUGAUCUAGAAGCAAAAGAUAAGCGUGUAGUUAGGAUGGUUUAUUAUACCCAUGUGUAACCCGACGUUUAUGUGUAUGUGCGUAGACUGUGUACCACGCUUUUGAAAGAUAACCCUAUCCUUGGUAACCGGUCAUUCAGAAACCUUGAACAAUAUAUAUUUUUUUAAUGUUCCAUGUAUUCAUCCGUACAUAACUUUGUCAUUUACAGCUUUUCUCACGAAAAAACAACAACAAAACUGAGCAAAAUGUGCGAUUUAUGAUUUCACUUUUAACAUGACUUGUCAGGUUUCGCACCUCUUCAUUAUUCAGACAAAUAAAAUGCAACGCUAGCGUGA